AGCACAUACAUCAUUUGAUAGACAGCUUGGAAACCAGCUUUUUCAGAACUUCUUCCUGCGACCACCCCGAGAUAACAUUCGACCUCUCGACGUCCGUUCUCCUCGACACUUGAAAAAUUAAUUAGCCCGCCGCAUCGUCAGGGAAUUUCACAGCGCCUAGCUCAUAGCCUCCUCGGCUGAAUCGCCCAUCAUGUCUCGCCGUUACGAUUCACGAACUACCAUAUUCUCCCCCGAAGGUCGUCUGUACCAAGUUGAAUAUGCUCUGGAGGCUAUUUCCCACGCAGGCACGGCCAUUGGCAUCCUCGCAAAAGACGGCAUCGUCCUGGCGGCCGAGCGCAAAGUGACAUCGAAGCUGCUAGAACAGGAUACCUCAGCUGAGAAGCUCUAUAUCCUCAACGACAAUAUGAUCUGUGCCGUAGCUGGCAUGACGUCGGACGCCAACAUCCUGAUCAACUUCGCCCGCCAAUCCGCCCAACGAUACCUCCUCACAUACAACGAAGAUAUUCCUUGCGAGCAGCUGGUACGCAAGUUGUGCGACCUUAAGCAAGGCUACACACAGCACGGUGGUCUGCGGCCGUUUGGCGUCUCCUUCAUCUACGCGGGGUGGGAUCCGCAAAGACAGUUUCAACUCUACCUAAGCAAUCCGUCAGGCAACUAUGGUGGCUGGAAAGCUACAAGUGCCGGUGCAAACAAAGCGAGUGCGGAUAGUUUAUUGAAGCAAGAUUACAAGGAGGAUUGUACGUUGAAGGAGGCUUGUGGCAUGGCGGUAAAGGUGCUUAGCAAGACGAUGGAUUCGACCAAGCUGAGCAGUGAGAAGAUUGAGUUUGCUACUGUAGGACAGACGGAGGAUGGCAAGAUUUACCAACGACUGUGGAGUGCAGAUGAGAUCACGACGUUGCUUAAAGAGCAUGACUUGGCAAAGGAUGCCAGUGCUGACGACAAAUAAGACGAUCAAGUCCAGUUUAUUGCAUUGUCUCGACCGAGAUAGAGGUUAGAAAUGAGGCACCUGUGAUAAUAAUACCUGAUAUGAGAACUCAAACCCAAGAAUCAUGAUGUGAGCUCAGUCUUAGUUUUGUCUCCUCCCCUUCAACCUUCGCUUCCCUUUGCUCGAGACC